GGCUGGGACGGCGCGGGGAGGCGGGCGCGCCGCCGGGGCCGCGGCGGACUGUGGUCACAGGUGGGCGGCUGUAGUGAGGGCGCGGCCAAGCGGAGCCCGGUCCCCGAGACUCCUGCCGGCACGCCCGGGGCUCCACGUAGCGGAGAUUGGGAGACGCGUCUGUGCCUCCGGAGAAGCCGACCCAUCUCCCCUCCGCCUCUUUGGUUGCAGUUGCACCUCCGGCCAGAGGGCAGGUAACUUCCCUUCCAAGGUCAUUCUCCCGGCGGGGUGGCGCGCGAGGCCCGCCCACGUCCUCCGGAUUGGCGGGGGCGGUAGAGGCGCACCCCGCACGGGGCCGAACCAGCUGGGCUGGACGGCGACCCCUGAGCCCUGCCCGGGAGCCUGGUGGCAUUCCCGGAGCCGGGUCCCCGGCCCCAGCCGCCGAGUGCGUCCGCCGGUGCCGGCGGGCAUAUGCUUCGCCUCUCUUUGCAUUCCGGAGGCUGAGUUACCACCAGCGCCCAGGCUUGGAGCGGAGACCGCUCGGCCCUACCAGUCUGCACCCGCAGGUGAGCGCAACCGCCCGCGCCUCGGCUGUCCCGGACGCGUAGUCGGCUGUCGCCAUAGGAACGGCUGGUGCCCAGACGGCGCCUGCCCUGGCUGGGAAGGGGUGGUGAAGGCAGCUCGGAGCUCCAAGAACCCUGGAGUCCCCUGUGUGGCCGAGCGGAGCCACAAAAGCCUGAUGAAAACGGGACCCCCUCCCCCUUUCUUCUCAUUUUUGAUUGCUCAGGCGUUGGAGGUUAAGGAGAGAGAGGCGUGGACGUGUUUACAAGGUGUACGUUGUUUUCUUUCCACCUUUACCUUCUGAGGGCUUCUUACGCCCCAUGGUGACAGGUGCAAAUCAUGACACACAAGGGCAGUAUGAAGCCUGUGAAGAAAAAGAAAACCGAAGAACCUGAAUUGGAGCCCCUGUGCUGCUGCGAGUACAUAGACCGGAAUGGGGAAAAGAACCACGUGGCUGCUUGUUUGUGUGAUUGUCAAGAUCUGGAUGAAGGGUGUGAUCGAUGGAUUACAUGUAAAUCUUUACAGCCAGAGACUUGUGAAAGAAUCAUGGAUACAGUUUCUGAUCGCCUCCGAAUUCCUUGGCUUAGGGGAGCCAAAAAAGUGAACAUCAGCAUCAUCCCUCCACUUGUCCUGCUGCCUGUCUUUCUGCACGUGGCUUCCUGGCAUUUCCUCCUGGGGGUGGUGGUUUUGACCUCCCUUCCUGUGCUGGCACUGUGGUACUACUACCUCACUCACAGAAGGAAAGAACAGACCCUGUUUUUCCUGAGCCUUGGACUGUUCUCACUGGGCUACAUGUACUAUGUGUUCCUGCAGGAAGUGGUCCCCAAAGGGCGUGUGGGGCCUGUUCAGCUGGCUGUUCUUACCUGCGGGUUAUUUCUGAUACUCUUAGCCUUGCACAGAGCCAAGAAGAAUCCAGGCUACCUCAGCAUUCCAGCAAGCAGUGACACAUCUCUAAGCAGCGGCCAGCUGGAGUGCCUGAACAGAAAAGGGCAGGAGAAGACCAAAGGGUUCCCUGGGGCAGACACAGCAGGCAGUCUCAACAAUCGCACAGUGAAGGAUGACCCCAAGGGCUCUUCCAGGCUGCUGGCUGGAAGCCCCACCAAAGUGAAGGAGGACUGGUGUGCUAAGUGCCAGCUGGUGCGACCAGCCCGGGCGUGGCACUGCCGGAUAUGUGGCAUCUGUGUGAGGAGAAUGGAUCAUCAUUGUGUCUGCUCGGCUCUGUCCUUCACCUGCGUGUGGUACUCUGUGAUCGUCACAGCAGGCAUGGCCUACAUCUUCCUGAUCCAGCUGAUUAACAUCAGCUACAACGUGACCGAGCGGGAAGUCCAGCAGGCCCUCCGACAGAAGACUGGGCGCCGGCUCCUGUGCGGGCUCAUCGUGGACACAGGCCAGUACAACAGGGGCUUCCUGCGGAACUGGCACCAGUUCUCCACGCUGGGCACACGUGCAAUCCACCACCCUGCUGAGGACAUUGUCUGAAGUGCCUUUUGAGUGGCUCCCUGAGGGAUGAUGGCUCCUCCCUCCAUCUCCCCUCCGUUUUACACUUCAGUGUCCAUUUUUAUCCCCGGUUUCUUAAAGGCAUUAUAGGGCCAUGCUCAGGUUUAGAGACUGGAGUGGGAAGAAGUUAAUUUUUCUGACAACACAACUUAGGAGACUUUUAUACUGAAGCAGUAAAAGUAGAGCCAUUCCUUUCCAGUCACCUUAUUAAUUGACUCAAUAGCCUGAACUUGAGAAGGAUGUGGAUUGCUAAUGCACAAAUUGAUAGAAGCAAUUCCCAUGAUUAGUAUGGGGGAAAGAGUUUUGGAUUAGGAUAGUUUCUAGUCCCUCUUUCGAUUCUUAAUAGCCAUGUGACCCCUAGUUGAGUCACUUUUCCAAGUCUCAGGGUCAUCCGUAAAGUGGGAUACUGAUGUCCGCUGUGGCUGCUUCACAGAGCCGUCAGGGUCACGUGAGGGAUGAUGGGUAUGGAAAGCAGUGAAAAACAACUCGAGCACCAUGGAAAUAAUGAAGUAUUAGGAAAAUAUUAUGACUGAAAAAUGGGAGUUAGAAUCUUGAAGCCACUGUUGUUAGCCUUGGGGUUUCAGCCCUAUACCAUGUUGUACAGUUGUAAGAAUUUCUCCUUUUUAAGUGUUAGACAUGAACUACUCAGAGUAGAAGAUGACCCGAUGGAUUGAUGCUAAGUUGUCUCAUCUUGAAAGGACAGUUGACAACAGUUAUAAUUAUUGCUAGUGUAAUGUACAGUGGCCAUGAGUUUAGGUGAUGAGUUGUUCUAUUUAUUUUUUAUAUAUUCUGCUUGGGUUUCUUAUAAGUAACCCCAGUAGGCAUUCAUGUGUUUUUCCUCUUUCUGUGUUUCACUGGGUAAGGUGCUCGCACGCUUGUGACUGUGACUGGAAGAGGAGAACAGACACUCCUGUGGGGACACUUUACUCUCUUUUCUGGUAGGAAGGCUGAGUAGCAUCAAGGGCUCGAUUAUUUUCUUCGUGUAUUUCAAAUGCUGCCAGUUAUAGCAUUAAAUUGUGAAAAUCAGCCUUCUGGCAUUCACAUUAUUCUGGUAUGAACUUUGAGGAGCUGAGUGACAUCUUCCCACUUAACUUGCACAUUAAUUCUCAAUUACCCUCACCUAAAUAACAGUAUCUCACUAGGAGAGAAGAAACAGGGUAUAUAUGGUUUCCACUGUUAAUGAGUUACUGUUCUUCUCUGGCUCUUCCCACAAUAACAAGUUGUUUCUUUAAUCAUAUCUUAAAACUGAAAAUGUAUAAAAGAUUAAAUAUUUAUGUACAAUGGGUUAUUCUGCUAUAGAAUUAAGACAAGGGAAUUUCAGAUGAGGAAAAUACCCUUUUGAAAUGUUGGUUUUGUACGUGGACUGUUUCGCAAUCCCAAAGAGAAUUCAUGACUCCUUACAUUUGCCUUGGCUUAUAGCUUAAUACAGGGAAAUACUGCCAGCGUUCUCAGUCAUUCUGUGCAUGCUGCUUUAAGCAAGAGAUUUAUAUUUGUUGAGAGGAAAUACUGCUACUUCCUGCAAUUCCACCCUCUGCAGCUAGCACCAUCGCUACUGUUGCCAUUAAUCGGAGCUGUCCUUAAGAUGGUCACCAUAUUAUUCAGGCUGUCGUCAUUUUCCCCAGAGAUGGUUUGUUUAACGAAUGAUAGGCUCUGUGCAUGGGGGCGUUAGCAGACUCUGUGGUUUGUACAGUGAUGCCUUCUCCCUGGCCCAGAGCUGAGUAUUCACUUACAAUUAAAGUUGGAUUUGAUAUAACAAAUUUCUUUACAGGUUUUAGAUAAGAGAGAUAGUGAUAAUGUCAAGGAUAGCAAAAAAAUUUCUUUGACAUUUCUUUAAUGUCAAAGAAAUUGGUAGUUGUGCUUUUGAAUGUCAGCUGUAGAGCCAACUCUAAUUAUCUAGCCAUUGAUAAUACAAAUUCAUAGAAACAUUAGUAUAGUCAGUAAUUUUAGCUUCUUGCCAAAUUUUUCACAGUCUAAAUGUGCUGUGAUGAAGAUGAGUAGUACAAAGAAACCAAAGUCAUCUGGGAGAAUUGGGAAUGAUUACCGUUUUUUAAACAACUUACCUCUAAUAGGGUUACUUGGAUGAGGCAACUCAGCUCUCCUCCAUGGAUGGGAGGACUCUCUCUGUAUAUUAUUCAGGUUUAUUGGCACAAAGAUACUUGUUGUAAGUUCCUUGAGAAUCUAUGAUGGGCAGUUUACAGAAUGCUUAAACCUGUCAAAAGAUCAGUGGUUUUGUGUGGGAAAAGAUUUCCCAGGUGUCUGUACCAAAAGGAGCAGCAAACAAGGGGCUAAUCCAUGAGCAGUAUUCUGUAGGCUCUGUGACAUCCUUGGUCUGUAGGCUCUGUGACAUCCUUGGUUUGUAGGACUUUGGAGCCUUUUAUAUCUAGAACUAUUUGAGGGGUUUCAAUGUAGGCCUUGGUUCUCUCCAGAGGCCAGAUGAGUUUGAAAGUUGUUCAUUAUAGGCCUUGGUUCUCUCCAGAGGCCAGAUGAGUUUGUGGAAUCUUUGACAGGACAAGGCCUCUGAAUGAAUCAGUCCCAGGGAAGCAUUCGGUGGUGGUGGCAGUGAAGGACUGCCUUGUGAACCUAUAAAUCAGCAGUCUCUUGGGCAGAGGAGCAGUCCCCUCGAACAUAAUUUCAAACAGGCAGGUCCUCUUGUCUCAUCUUACGUCCUCAGUCUCUGUUAAUGAACAUACUGGAUGUGGAAUUUAAUAUAUUAUCUACUACAAUCUGGCCACUUCGAUUAUUAUCACCCACUGUGGACUGUUCCCGAGGGGAGAAGGAUAGACCGAUUUGAAAGAUUGAAGGGAGAAAGAGGAUCAGGACUGCAUGAAAGAGGAAAAUCAUUCAAUAUUUAAAAUGUUUCUUAUGAUACCCACAGAGUACUUUUACGGUUCUAGCUGAGCUUCCCUGAAAUGAACUGACCAUUAACAACUCCUCUUUGGUAGGUUACUGAUGCUGCUCUAGUAAAACCUUAAGUGUGUUUUUGGGACAACGUGCUGCUUAUUUCACCUCAGCCAAAUAUGUGUUUGUGUUUAGGAUAUUGUAAAUCUUUGCUAUCUAAUAGUGUUUUCCUUGGUGAAUGAAGUAAUUGUUGUCUUCAGGUAUACCAUCUGCCUAGCAGAAAAAUUGCUACAAACUUUCUCUUAUGCAGUAGUCCUUGGUACCUCUAAUAUUUUUAGCAAGAGAAAAUUUUCUAUACUAGAAUCUUCUACUGCCAGAAAACACAGUGCCAGUAAGGUUCUGCGUACUACUGACCAUCUGCUUAACAGACAAGUAUUUCUUUUGAGUAGGACAUUAGCUUUUUAUUAUAGAGCUCAACUAAUAUAAGCAAAAAUGUAACAUUUAGAAGCACAGUUUUAGCCAGGAUGUUUAAAAAUUAAAGUUCUGUGAGAUGUAAGGGUCUUUUUAACCUAGGUAAGUUUAUGUGACCUAACUUCAUUUUAGCCAUAUUCUGGUACCCUGCAUUUUGAAAAGUAGAGUUUUCUCAAGCAAGGAAUGGAUGAGACUUUUCCUGAGGCAUCUGUUUGGAAUCUGGUUUUCUCAGCAACAGCUCAAGAUAUGCGCCCUUUUGUAUGAAACACUGCAAAGGUGAUGCAGAGGAGCAGGAAAGCCAUGCUGAACUCACUACUGAGUACAAUUCAGUAUGUUCCUGUGGAUGUUUGCUGUGACUAAUGUACAUUUCUUGCACAAUCAGCUAAACUUAAUUACGUUGCUGAUAGACAAGCAUCCACGCUUCAGCUGGCACUAUUUCACUGUAGGAUCAGCAGCAGGCUGAAUGGUUAGUGGAGACAAAUGUCUUUGAGGCUGCGGUGAUGUCUGGGUUGGGCUUGUGACUUAGUGCCCUAGCUUUCCUGAUGGCACCUUUCACUUCUAGAAUUUAUGCUUUAAAAGCAGAGCUAGUCUAUUCUAGUUAUUGAUGCAACUAAAAUUCUGUUAUUUCUUCAGAUGGAGCCACUGACAAGAUGCCACAUUAUAGAGCCUGCAAGCCCAACUCGUGAUCCUAAUGAUCUGAGUAGUAAGGGAUUUUAGCUUUUCAUUUUAUUGUUUAUCUGGGUUGGAUGUUAGACUAAAAGGAAACGCAGGAAUAUUGACCUAAUGUUACAUUUCAUAUUUAAUGUAACUGGCCUAGCAACAUUAAGGGGGAUUUCUGAAGCCAACUCCAGAGGCUGUGGGUUGAACAUUUUGCACUGUUUUUAUACUUGUAUUCAUAUACUCUUAUCACUGCAGACUCAGAGACAAGGCCUUUACAUGGAAACUUUACAAAUUACUGCCAUUUAUGUAAAAUAAUGUCCUGUGACCAACUUGUUUAAAUGGAAAAUAAAGUGCUUUAUUUAAGGAAAA